UCAGAGCCACCAAGAAGCUGAUGGCAUUUUGAUGCUGUGUGUCCACCUGGAAAGUUUACCUGUCGUGUCUUGGAAAGAAAGGUAAAAGAAAUGCGCACGCCAGCUGCGGCAGGCGUCGGGAUUGUGGGCCACUUAACUGCUGCCGUGAGCGCGGAUAGCAACGUAAUGUGGCUGAAUGGCCACUUGACUAUCGCAUCCGCCGCGGAGUUUCCGCCUACCGGAAGGAAGAUACAAAAGCCACCUACCUUGGCGGCCAACUUGAACAUAACGGCCACACUCCCUUCACUUUGGCUUAGUAUCUGGCCACCGCCUCGCCCGUGGUUGCUAGCGCUUCUCGAUCCAACGUUCUGCACCAGCAUCGCAGAUUACAAGCACUGCGACUUCUCCAGACUUCAGGUGAUUCCUUUCGAACAGACAGUAUCUUUCAGCCAUGGCUCACGCACGCGCAUUUGGAUACCGCGACGACGACUUCCGCCCCAGGCCCUACUCCGCACGGCCUGUAGCCAGACAGCGCUCUCCCUUCACAGGUAGACACAGCGCGACAUAUGCCGGUUUGCCUCAGUCACGCGCUGCCUCCCCUGUCAUCAAUGCGACCGACAUCGCAACGCACAGCGCCACGGACAUCAAUGUUUCUCCUCGUCGAAAGGGGACCUCUGGGUUGUCACAGUGGAUUGAACCGGCCGCUGAGACCUUGGUGUUGGGUCUUGUAGAUUACGUACUGCCUGCGGUUAGCUUCGUUUUCAAUGCCCUCGCUCCUCCCGAGAUUCCCGUCGCCUCUAGUGAAGGCCAUGCGCCCUCAGACUUCUCGUCCAAUGGUGGGCCUGUGCGCACUGGUGAUAUCUCGAAGGCCGCGAGAAGGCGCGCUCAGUCUCCCUCGAUGAUGCCGGGAGAAGGUGUGCCCAUAGUCACGGAACUUUCUGCUUCUUAUGCAGCUCAGAAAGCCGUAGACCAUUCUCUCGGGGACACUCGAACCAAAGUCAAGGCUAUAGAAACCAGUAACAAGGGUCCGAAGCGCGCGGAUACUAAGCGGGCCGCUGUCUCUGGGAAACGUGCAGAACUGGUCAAGACCUCCGCGAAGAAGGCACACCUCAAGGCAGAGAUUGAGGACAUGAGGAAGCAGGUCAAGGCGGCGAAGGAUGCGCGUCUGUUUGAGGAGAAGCAAGCCGAGGAUCUCCGUCUUCUGCAGGAGAAAGUGGAGAAAAGGAUCUCCUCCGCGCUCCGCCGGCUUGAGGACCUGGAGGAUAGGAUCGAUGACAUGUCCGUGAAGCGAGCACAGCAGCGCGCACUGGAAGAAGAAGAGAAGCAGGCGGCGAUUGCCCGAGCGGAGGCUCAGAGGCUCGCGCAGGAACAAGAAGCGAUCGCACGGGCGGAAGCUCAGAAGCUCGCGGAGGCGCAGGCGGCUUUCGCGCGAGCUGAAGAACAGAGACUCCAAGAGGAACAGCGCCAGCAGGCUCUUCGUCAAGUCGAGGCAGAGAUCAGCAAGCUGCGCAUUAUCCUCGCCGCUCACGAAGCCAAAUGGUCUCGGCUGCAGGAAGACAUGACGCUGCUUCGCGUAGAUCCUGAUCUCCUUCCGUGGUCGAUCCUUCCGGGGUCUCUCAGGGGUGACGAUGAUAUCACCAUGCAGAACGUACGGCCGUUCGUGCUGCACCCGCUGCGCGAGAGAGACCUGAAAAUGUCUCGGCUCGAGCUGCUCGUGCUCGAGAAGAACCGUUACGAGGCGCAAUUCUUCUUUUCUUACAUCGUACCGAGAGUGGCGGUCCAUCAUCGCGAGAGAGUGGUGAGGAUGGCUGGCAGGUUUGCACGCAUCCUCGAAGUACUUGAGGCGGAGGAGGUAAUGGCAAUACAGGAAGAGGAGGAAGCUGAACUGGAAGAUGAGGAUGCUACUGAGUGAGCUACGAACAAAACCCACCUUAUGUCUCCUCUCUACGACACAAAACUACUAUGUUGCUUCAAUGUUUCCUGGGGAAGUUGAACAUGUCAUUUGUAUGAACAUGCGAAUAUAUGUCAUUCAA